GGUGUGCUCGGCGGUGGUGCGACGAGGACACUCCGUGGCGAUGCUGCACUUUCCCGCCCAGUCUGGGAAUCAGAGGCGUGUCCUUGGCCGCAGGAUGCAAGCUGCAGCUCCUCUGCCUCCUCCAGAAACCUCAGAAACCACCAGGUGAACACCUCCUUCGAGAAGGAAGAAGGGAUGGACGAAGAGGAGGAGAUAGAUGAGUCGAAACUGGAAAGCGGACUUCCCGACGACGACGAAAGGACAGAGUGCAACUUGGACUCCCUGAAGCUUGGCAACCAGACAGGCAAGUGGAGCAAAGAGAGGGAAGACAUAAAGUGGGCCUACGACAACUCUUUGAAGGGCCAGGAAGUCCAAGUUUGGUGGCCUGGUCGUACCGACCAUGGCGAGUGCAACAACGUACACGACGAGGACAGAGGCUGCUGGUUCAGGGCAAAGCUGCUCAAUGACCCGUACUGCACAGAUGCAGGCCGCUGCAUCCACUUUGCAGCGCACGAUGGCGAGCCGACCAACACCUUCAGCUGUCCCACAUGGAUACGAGAUCCUGACGGCAUCGGUUGCAGGCUUCCAAGAUUCAACUGGCAAGCUUGCCCGAUGAAGUUUGAGAUGAAGCGGGUUGACACAGGCAUCCCUCAGGAAUUCAAGCAGGCAUUGAGCACCCCGUGCUCUGCAGCCAAAGCGCCAGAG